AUGGCAAUUAAUCCCAAAUCAGUGUAUGUCUUGAAUCUGGAGUUGGAUUGCGACAAACAGUCGGUGCUCUACCGCUGCAACAAUAGGGAUAGCAUUCAAUUCAUCUAUGGAUCCACUCUAUUGGGUCGACACAUAUCCCUCUUCUCCAACUAUAGUCAAGAAAGUGUUCAUUUUGAUCGAAACAAAUACCACGAACUCGUGUUCAGAGAUGAGGUGACGACCAUCACCUUUGAGACGUCCGGUUCCUUCCACUUCUACUACAAGGAAUCGGCGGGUGAUGUCAUCUGCGGACAGUUCUAUAUAGUGGUCAGUCCUCAGCUCAAAGUGGGAUCUGAUGCGAGCGCACGGCUCUUGGAUUUGAAUGCAAUUCAAUGCCAGACUGUGUUAACCAAAAGUUUGGGUCAGUUUGAGACCUGGAAGUCCAAACUCGAGGUGGCCUACAAGACGGGAUAUAAUAUGGUUCACUUGACGCCAAUCCAAGAACUCGGAGGUUCUAACUCAUCAUAUUGUCUGUCGGAUCAGUUGAAAUUGAAUCCUAUAUUUAGUUCAAAGGAUAAGGAAUACACUUUUGAUGAUAUCUCAGAGUUUACAGAAUGGAUGCGA